AUGUCUUCCGACUCCCUCUUCUCGCCCGAUCUCAUCUCGUCUGAAGUCGCCGCUGCCCUACCAGAGGGCUACACGAUCCGACCCUUGCAAAAGAGCGACUACCAUGCCGGCUUCCUAGACGUGCUUGCUGUCCUCACUACGGUUGGCGACGUUUCAGAACAAGACUUCGCCCAGCGCUUCGAAGAGAUGCUCGCAUCUGGCAAAGGAGCAGGAGGCUAUCACAUUCUGGUCAUCCUCAAUGGUGACAAGAAGAUCGUCGGCACUGGUGCCCUGAUUGUUGAGAGAAAGUUCAUUCACAGCCUGGGCCAAGUCGGUCACAUCGAGGACAUCGCUGUCGCAAAGGACCAGCAGGGCAAGAAGCUUGGUCUACGCAUCAUCCAAGCCUUGGACCAUGUCGCUGAGAAGGUUGGCUGCUACAAGACCAUCCUCGACUGCUCAGAAGCCAACGAGGGCUUCUACGUCAAGUGUGGAUUCAAGCGUGCCGGUCUGGAGAUGGCACACUACUACAACAAGUCAUGA